AUGACUCGUGAUUGUAAGCAUAAGGAUGUGGUUUGUUUUAACUGUGGAAAAGGAGGUCACAUUAGUGCUCAAUGUAAGGAACCUAAGAGGACUCAUGGAAUGGGAAAGGCGUUUGCUUUGUCGGGUGCUCCGACGGCAAACGAGGAUGGUCUUAGAUUGGGUCUCACUUUGUCGUCUCUGAAUAGAGAUAUGGUGGUAGAAUUUCCGGCUAAGGGAACGGUUACUACUUCUUUUGUGUGUGCAAGUUGUCCUUUAUCAAUCUUUGAUAGAGACUUUGUUGUGGAUCUUGUUUGUUUACCACUUGUCGGGAUGGACGUGGUUCUAGGUAUGGACUGUUUGAAAGCUAACUAUGUCCAUAUCAAUUGCUAUAACAACACAGUGAUGUUUUCUUCUUUAGAAGAAGAAGAACGAGCCAUGUUGGUGUCGACGAUGCAACUGAAUGAAUUCAUGAAGGAUGAGGUGUCGGUUUUCCUGUUAAUGGAGACUCUUUCUAUCGAGAGUCAAGCUGUGAUUGCAAACUUUCCGGUGGUGUGCGACUUUCUUGAAGUAUUCCCCGAUGAGAUUCCUAGUACACCUCCAGAGAGAGAAGUUGAAUUUUCUAUAGACCUUGUACCUGGUACCAAACCUAUCUCUAUGGCACCGUACAGGAUGUCUGCAUCCAAGUUAUCUGAAAUGAAGAGUCAAUUGGAAGAUUUGCUCGAGAAGAAGUAUCCACUUCCUAGAAUUGAUGAUUUGAUGGACCGAUUGGUUGGCGCUCACAUGUUUAGCAAGAUUGAUUUGAGAUCGGGUUACCAUCAAAUAAGAGUGAAAGAAGAAGAUGUUCAGAAAAUCGCAUUCAGAACGAGUGAAGUGAGCUUUUUGGGGCAUGUCAUUUCUGGUGAUGGUAUUGCUCUGGAUCCUUCUAAAGUUGAUGCUGUGUUGAGGUGGGAAACUCCUAAGUCGGUUACUGAGAUUAGAAGCUUCUUAGGAUUGGCUGGUUACUAUAGAAGAUUCAUUGAAGGUUUUUCUAGGUUGGCACUUCCUUUGACAAAGUUGACUUGUAAAGGAGUUGCGUUUGUGUGGGAUGUUAAGUGUGAGGAAAGUUUCGUAGAAUUAAAGAAGAGGUUGAUAAUGGCUCCGAUCUUGAUUUUACCUAAUCCUGAAGAAGCGUUUGUUUUUUAUUGUGAUGCUUCUAAGAUGGGCUUAGGUGGUGUGCUUAUGAAAAAUGGCAAAGUUGUUGCUUAUGCUUCUCGUCAAUUGAAGAUUCAUGAGAAGAAUUAUCCUAUGCGCGAUUUGAAGCUUGCGGCGGUUGUUUUUAUGCUUAAGAUUUGGAGGAAUUAUCUUUAUGGUUCAGAUUUGAAGUAUUUAGUGACCAUAAAAGUUUAA